UUCCGACAGACGCUGACGCACAAGGUAAAUAAACCCCUCUCCUCGCUCGUAGCGCGGCCAAAUCUGUCCGACAUGUCGCAUAAAGUGGAAGUUCAAGUGAAACGCGGCUAAUUGGAAUGUUUGGUGUGUGUGCCGAAGCUAAGCCGACGCCGACGGCGUUUUGAAUGAGUCGCGGCGGUGAAUACUGGUGAAUAUUAAGUGUCGAUGGAGCAGAAGCUCGCAGAGUUCAGAGCUCGACGACAGGCGGGGAUGGUGAGGAGCAAGGGGCAGGACACCGGUCCACAGCCCGGAGCACAGGCGGGGGCUGCUGGGCCUGAAACAACAACAACAACAACAACAACAACAACAACAACAACAACAGCUGACGAGCCACAGACAGAGAACGACCGAGCUGCAGCUCACAGCCCUCACGUCCAGGAGCGGAGCGACUGGCUGCUGGACAGCGCCCUGGGAAGAUGGCUGGCUUCGAAACAGGUCAUCGUCUCGAACCUCACUUUGCUGAAAGUGCUGCUUUGGCUGGUGCUGCUCGGCCUGUUCGUGGAGCUGGAGUUCGGCCUGCCCUUCUUCGUCAUCUCCCUCUUCUACUGGCUCUACGAGGGGCUCCGGAGCCCGGCGGCCCGCGAGCCCGGAGAACUGAGCGCCUACUCUGUCUUCAACCCGGACUGUCAGCCUCUGCUGGGCUCCCUCACCGCGGAGCAGCUGGAGGGAGAGAUGGGCUACAGACCUCUGGCCAACAGAUGAAGUGCUCAUGAUUUUGCUUCUAUCAAAUAUUUAUAUUAAAUAAUUUCUCUUUAAAAAACUGUUGAUUUUUAAAAGGCAUUUCAGUGACGUUAAAUUAUGUCUGUAUAACACAGAAAGUUGAGAUUUCUCUGCUUACAAAUCCAUUUUGGUUUUGGUUUCUCUUGAAGUGUUUUGAUAUUGUUACAGGAAGUUGGAGACAUAACACGUGUUAUUGCCACAGCACAACACUAAUCAUCACCAAUCCUUAUUUCACAUUAUAAUGUGGAACAUUUUUCUCAAGCCAAGCUACAAUUCCUUUUUUUUCUUUUUUUUUUUAAUCAUCAUCAGAAAUACUUCAUUGAUCCACUGGGGGAAUUGGGUAAUUUUCCACAGAUUCUUCUAACAUUAAAUGUUUAACAUUUACCUCUACCUUUCAUUUUUACCUUUACUGACUAAUGUGGGGUUAUUUCAGAAUGUGCGGCAGGUAUUCAGGGAUGUGAACGGGAAGAGAACCGAUCAUCCCUAACUCACUCACAGAGAAAACAUGAAAGUGCAACUUGCUGUUAAUUUAUAUAAAAUAAACGGUGUUUGGAAUUUAACGCUUUCAAAGUUUAGUAAAGCAUUUUGAAGAGUCCAGUGUCUUGUCUCUAGAGAACCAUGUGAACAUCUUGUAAUUGUACUUGUAUUUUUUGAUUAAAACUGCCAAGAAAAUUGAA